AUGCUGCUUCUUUCCCGCCCGUACAGAAGGGGAUUGUGUGUGGUUUGGUUUGUUGGGGGCCGUGGGAGAAAAGGCGGCGAGGAGGAGCAGUAUAGUGUUGACGUUCGCUGCGCCGGUGUUGGCGGCCCGCUGGCGAUGGAUGGAAAGCCGCGUUUGGUGGAACCCUCCGCGGCACUUCGGCGAGCCGCCAACGUCAUCAUUGUUUUUGGCUUCCCAUGGCACACCAGCGAGGCGCAGGUGAGAAACCACCUUGUGCAGGUGCACCCGGCCGCCCCACCGGUGACGGUGCGUCUGUACACAAACCCGACGAACGGCUCCAGCCGGGGCAUUGGCUUCAUCGAGUACGGCGCGAAGCACAGGGGUACAACACUGGGCAGCGUGAAGGGUGAGCCGACGGAUGAGGCGGAGGAUGAAAGUGUCGUCGCGGCGGUGAAGAAGGAGAUUGAGGAAACUCCGUUUGGGCGGCAGUACCUGACGGCCGUGUUGUACCAUUUGACGAAUCAAGGCUGGGACCGCGGGGGUCGCCUCCCGGAGCUGCCAACGGACCCACCGGUAACACGCGGGAGUUGGGUGGAGGGCUACGGUGACGAGGGCUUCUCCGUGCGGUGUGGUGCCGUACUGGGACUGGCGAACACCGUGACUGUGAGUGGCAUGGCAAGCAUGCAGGCCCUGCGUAAGCGGCUUCGCUCAGAGGCAGAAACGGAGUGA